AUGGAUGCAUCGGAUAAACAUACUUUACAGGAAAUAAAAAUAGCUAUAAGUCUUCAUAAUUUAGUUGAUCUUGAACAAGAAAUUAGAAAAAUAAAAAAUAAACAGCAACAGAAAGACAGCGUUAAUAAAAGCUUCAGAACAUGGACGUCUGGACUGCUGGAGCACAAGGCUGAUGUGGACUUGAUAGACAAAAACAAAAAGUCAGCCCUGUGUUAUUCUGCAAGAAAAGGUUUUGUUGAGAUUGUAAAGCUGCUUAUAGAUAAUGGCGCUGAUAUUAAUUGUACAUCGUUAACUACACCACUACAUGAAUCUUGUAAACGUGGAUGUUUUGAACUAGUGAAAAUGUUGGUAAAAGCUGGAGCUGAUGUUAAUAAAAAGGAUAAUUAUGAAGACUCCCCACUAUGUAUAUCAGCUCAAAGGGGUAAAAUCGACAUAGUACAAUUUUUAGUAGAAAAUGGUGCGGACGUUAAUAUAGGUAAAUCUCCUCCUCUAUUUUAUGCUUGUGACGAAGGUUAUUUUGAAAUUACAAAUUAUUUAGUAGACGCUGGAGCUGAUGUGAAUUUAUUGAAUUCAUAUAAAGAAUCUGUGCUCGGUAAAUCUGUUUUUAAAGGACACUUAGUUAUUGUGAAGUUUUUACUAGAGAAAGGUGCCAAUGUCAACUACACAGUAAGUCCAUAUGGAGAAACGGCUCUUUUUUGUGCAGCAAGUAGAGGUCACUCUAACAUUGUAGAAUUGUUACUUCAAUAUGGCGCUGAUGUCAACUAUACAUCUGGUACAACUGGAGAGACGGCCCUUUUGUGUGCAGCAAGUAGAGGUCACUCUAACAUUGUAGACUUGUUACUUCAAUAUGGCGCUGAUGUCAACUAUACAUCUGGUACAACUGGAGAGACGGCCCUUUUGUGUGCAGCAAGUAGAGGUCACUCUAAGAUAGUAGAAUUGUUACUUCAGUAUGGCGCUGAUGUUAAACAGGUUGACAUAGAAGGGAAUACCGCGUUAAACUUAUCAUUACUACAUACACAUGUAAAUACAGUUGAAAUUUUAGUACAUAAUCAAUUUAUUUAUGGCGGAAGAAGUAUAAAUCAAGCAAAUAAAUUAGGACAGUCAUCGUUCAUGUUAGCUGCUAUAAAAGGUCUAUAUAAAAUAGUUUGUGAAUUAAAAAAAUACAGUGAUUCUUCUGUGUUUGAUAUAGAUGGCAAUACAGCUUUGAUGUUAGCAGCCAUGAAUGGCCACCUGGACAUUGUAGAGUUACUGUAUGACGGUACUGUGGAUGUUAACUUUAAAGGACAAAACGCUCUCAUGUUAGCAGCUAUUGGUGGACAUGCUACACUUGUAGAGUGGCUGAUUUAUAGAGGGUUUAAUGUCAACAAAACAGAUCACCAUGGUAACACGGCACUAAUGAUGGCUGGUAAACCAAAGGUUGUUGAGGUGUUGUUAAAACAUGAAGCAGAUGUUAAUGUGAAUCAUCAUCCUGAUGUCAAUAUAAUAGACAAUGAAGAAAAUACACCUCUAAUGAUAGCUGUAAAAAAUGAAAAUGUAGAUAUCACAACACGAAUACUCUCUUGUACACACGAUGUUAACUAUAAAAACAGGCUGGGUAAAACAGCGCUAAUGUUGGCUGUAGAAAAGAAAUCAUUGGAGUGUUCCAAGCUACUUCUUGCCAACAGUAAUGUAAACGUUGAUGACGUAGAAAAUGACGGGAAUUCAGCUCUUAUGUUGGUUAUUAGGCUAGAGUUCGAUAGUUGGUCAUACUUUAUUCAUCCACCAAGUGAUAUAAUACAAGAGCUACGUCGUCACGGCGCUGACGUCAACCAUGUCAACAACAACAAAACCUCGGUGCUCAUGUUGGCAGUAAAGAGGAGAUUUAUACCGGCAGGAAUUUGUGGGGACAUUGACAUGGGGGAUAGUGAAGGGAAGACGGCGUUAAUGUAUGCUGUAGAAGCAUUGAAUAAUGGUGUUGUAGUGCGGCGAUUGUUCGAACAUCACAAGGCUGAUGUUAACGUUGUUGAUAACAUGGGGAAGACGGUGUUAAUGUAUGCUGUACAAGGACACAGUGAUGAAGAUGUAGUGAGGCAAUUGCUGGAACAUCACAAGGCUAAUGUUAACGUUGUUGACCGUACAGGAGAAACAGCGCUGAUAAAAGCUGUUAAAAACGGUAGAAAAGAUCACGUCAAAGUCCUGUUAAAGCAUAAAGCUGACAUUUACAUCCAAGACAAACAAGGUCGGACGGCGUUAAUGUGGGCUGCUAAAGGAUAUUCGAAUUAA